AUGACACUCCAAUUCAGCCCUACCUCCCAAGGCCGCAAAUGCGACCAAUGUGGUCUCCCCGGAGUCCGCGUAUCCACAACCUCAAGCUCCAAUGAUGCCGGCAGUCGCGCAUACUACAAAUGCGUCCCAUGCAAUCGCACCUUGGGCUCUUGCCCCUGCACAACCCCAGGCAGCAGAACAACAGUAACAUGUUCAUGUGGUGACAGCGAUGCCGAAUCACCAAGCCUCGACGAGACUCCUCGUGGUCUUUCCAUGAAGCAACCGUUCAACCCACACAACCCCAACUCAGGGUUCGAUGAGGAUUGGGAGUCAAAUUGCAGUCCCGGUUUCAUGGUCUCCAAGUUCAAGGCUCGUGGCAUGGAAUUGAACCAAUGGCCUUGA